CAGGAUAGUUUCACAUCACGUGAGUGUCCAGGAAUAUGAGUAACUUAUGUGAAUGGAAUGUAACUGACACUGACAUAGGGAGUGAUCAUUUGCCGAUGUUUCCGAGCAGAAAGAUGGAGUUUGGAGGGAAUUUUAAGGAUGAGUGACAAAAUGAGGGAAUGCUACAAGGCUGUAUUUUUCUGAGAGAUGCAAGAUUGCAUGGCAAGAUAUGAUAUUUGUUUUAUUUAUGGGGGAGUCUUGUGUUAUCAAUUAUUUACUUAGAAUGUAACCUGAUGUACAUGAAGAAUGAGGCAGGCUACACACUCCGGUACAGUAGGUGGCAGCAUGCACCUUUGCACGUUGGUUUGCAAGCAGCCAAUAAACUAGAGAAGAAGAAGAAAGGGCAAAGGAGAAGAAGAAGAAGAAGGAGGUUCCGUUAGCAAUGGCGGUGAUGUGUCUGCAAAUGUAAACAAUUCCGGUUGCAUUUGAUGCUUUCUGUCAUUGGUGAAACACAGUUAGCAGGAGCUAGACGAGCGACCGUCAUCUCAUUGUUGAGCGCUGCAUGUGUAGCCGUCCGUUUCUUCCUACCCCGGCGUCGCUUCCCGAGCAUUAACGAUGCCGCUGGGGUUGAAGCCGUGCUGCGCCGUGUGCAAGACGAUCUCCUCGUCGAUGUGGAAGAAAGGGAACCAGGGAGAGAUCCUCUGCAACAACUGCACGGGAAAGAGCAGCGGCGGCGGAGCGUCAGGACCGUCCAUUUCCUCCAGCAUCCAGCCCAGCAAUGGCGGUGGAAAGCAGGAAGACCAUUGUCUGUGUCUGUCGAAGAUGAAGUCCAAGCAGGAGAUCCACAGGAGGUCCGCACGGCUGAGAAGCACCAAAUACAAAGCUCCUGCGUCUGAGAAGAAGGUGUCAACAAAAGGGAAGGGGAGACGACACAUAUUCAAACUCAAAAAUCCGAUCAAAGCACCAGAAUCUGUUGCAACAAUCAUCACAUCAGAAUCAGUAUUUUAUAAGGGUGUAUACUACCAGACAGGAGAUGUGAUCAAGGUAACAGAUGAGGAAGAUGGGAAGCCGUACUACGCUCAGAUCCGAGGUUUUGUGCAGGACCAGUACUGUGAAAAGAGUGCAGCGCUGACCUGGUUGAUCCCCACUCAGGCCAGCCCAAAGGACCAGUUUGAUCCCGGGACGUACAUUGUUGGUCCAGAGGAGGAUCUGCCGAGAAAGAUGGAGUACCUGGAGUUUGUGUGCCAUGCCCCGUCUGAAUAUUUCAAGUCGCGGAGCUCUCCGUUCCCCACCAUCCCCAUCCGACCAGAGAAGGGCUACAUCUGGAGCCACAUAGGACCCACACCAGCCCUCACCGUCAAAGAGUCUGUCAGUGGCAGCAGUUAACACAGCAGAAAUAUGGACUGAAUCUGUUGCUUUGAAACAGAUGUUUGUACAUUUAUGUAAUAUAACGAAAACAAAAAAAUGGUUGUUAACCACAGCCAUUACUUCAAAUUGAAGACAGGUUGUAAUUUGUUAACAAAGGAAAAUCAGGUGUGAAUGCAAUUUAAAACAAGUUGUUUACACAGCUGCGACUUUGGAAUAUUACUUUUUGUACUAAGUGUUAAAUAAAAUGCUCUUUUCUACCA